GCAAUACAUUCCGCGAGGUUUGGCGUCAUCCACCAGAGUUGGCCCGAGCUCUGCCUUUUAGGAUGAAAACAGGUCGGCCAUUUUCAUAGUGGAAAACUGACAAAGAGGUAUACCGUUACUGAGGCACAGGGUUCUGAGAGUGUCGUUUCAAUUGCUGAACUGAGGUGCGCGAGGAGGCCAAGAUGCAAGCGGCUACUCCCCCGAUUCAGACCGUGCAGAUGCAGGUGGCUGCCCCAUCGCCUCCCCGGCGCAGCCGGUACUCCUGCCCAGUCAAGUCGCUGGGAAUUCUGCAGAUCGUCCUGUCCGGGGUGUCGGCCGUCUUUGGCAUUGCCGCGGCUGUAACUACUCCGUAUGUGAUUACGGCAGCGUCUACGGGUGUCUGGAUAGCAUUACUAUCUUACCUUCCAGCUGGUGUCCUUGGCGUCCUGUCUGUGACGAUGGCUCCUGCUUCGCGGAAAAGCCUGGCGAUUGCAUGUCUGGUCAUGUCCAUUAUUUCAUCUGUCGUUGCUGUUCUUAACAUCAUCAUAUACGGCAUAUCUGCCGGCAUCAAUUAUUACUCCGCCCCGGUGGCUAUGAGCGCCCUCAUUGUUAUUAUCUCCCUGACAGAGCUUGUUGUCUCAAUCGUCGCUGCCGUCUACUGCCCUCACGUCAUGAGGGAAUACGGAAGCGCCAACACCACGAUCCAGCAAGUUUCGAUGCAAGGGAACCCGAACAUGGUCGCCUACAUUUACAACCAAGGACCAGCCCCCCAACCAAGUACUGGCCCUGUCCCCGAGACGUUUGCGGGAAACCAGCCUGCCCCUGCGUGUCCGCCCCCAACCUACGCUGCUGAUGACGUAGGAGGGGUGGGAAAGCAACCAAUCGACCUUGCUUGAAUCUUUUGACUUGCGAAACAGCCGGGCGUGUUGGACGAGCCGCUGCCUACAACAAUAGAAAAAUCGUUCAUUUCUUGAAAGGUUAACGCAAAUACUGCUUUCACAUUUUGAAGGGAAUUGCAGUCAAUAAAAAUGAAAGUGUCACGUUUGUAUAUCUAGUGAUUAUCGUGUGGCUUGCAGUGAGAACGUCUUCGUAUCAAAAUUGUUAUAGCACAAAAACAAAGUGGAAAAAUGUGCAAGCGUAACCAAUUAGAAAGCUCUUUAUAACUCUGUAUAAUUUCGAAGCUUAUAGAGCCAUAUUUUUGCAGUAGUUCUUGUUAGGAAGUGUAGAUGAUGGUUAAAUUCCUUGGGAAGAUAUUUGUAUUUCAGUUGCAAAUUCACGUAUAUAGAAUGCACCACUGAAGAGAGUCUUUGAAUUUCAAAACAUUGGGAGAGCUAAGUAAACUGAAAUGGGGAAAAAACGCGAAGUAAGCAAAGGUUUGGUUUGUUUGAAGUGCAAUGACCGAGGACAUUUGUCGCUCUUCGUUCACAUUCCAUCACUACCAGCUGCAUGUAGGCCUAGUUUGAUCGUUUACAUUUUUUGCUUCUAAAAUCUGCGUCUGGAGGUGCAUUAGGCCAAGAGAAUUUGAAUUCAAAACAUUGUUUCAGUGACAUUGAUGUUCUGCCAAAGUGAAUUCAUAGGUUUGGUGAGGUUUGGUUUGGUUUGUUUAUUUACUUCCAUAUCUUUAAUACAGUAUUCACAUGAAUUUCAUAUGAAAAUAACAGAAAUGAUAUGAGGAUUCCAAAUAAAACGCAAAUUAUGCUUGUACAAAAUCUGGAGCCUGUUUCUAUUUAAAUGAUAGGCUAUGAAUUAUAUAUUAAACUUUUUCAAGGAAUCUAUUGAAGUUAAAGAGGAAAGUAGAAACACGUUAAUUUAUCUAUGUGUAUAUCAAUAAUCCUCUUUAAAAUUAAUUAAAUAGAUAACUACGAUAAUAAGUACACAAGAUGAAGUUAACCACUCAUUUGGAGAAAUUUCUAUUACCUUAAUUAAAGGGUGUUUAGUGUAGGUAGCUUUUAGCAUCCUUCCUGUUCUUGUGACUCGAUUAAACUGUAAUCAUUCGUCACAUGAUUAAAAAACUUCAGAAACCUAUAUAGGCAUUUGGAGGGCGCUGUAUUUUUCAAUGUUUUUAUUUCUAUUUGUUUAAUUCAGUUGUCUGCUUGUGGAAUAUCAUUGCACCUUGACGGUCAAAGCUAAGUGAAAUUGAAAUUAAUGAAGCUUCUAAAGCAAACUGCCGUGUCCGAAGCGUGUUAUGCAAUGCAAAUCUGCAGGCUACAAAUUUGGGCAUCAAAUAACCUUUCAAGAUUGACCUUUUCCAACAGUGGAAAGACUGAAGUGGGAAGAAAAAGUACUCUCUCGGUUUGAACAAGUACAUCCUCAAUGCUUAAAACACGCAUGCCAGUUCGACCAAACUCCUUUUUCCUCACGUGUCCACGAGCUGACGCUGUUACACAAUGCAUGUCUAUUGUAAUGUAUUACAAGCACGCUUCAAAGGUAGCAGUUUGCUUUAUCGGCCUCGUUCAUUAACGGCGGGUGGUUGGAUCUGAUCUGGUGACAGUCUGCAGAAUAAAACCGCUCAAUAUGAUGAUGUAACAGUUUGCAACAGCCUUCCAACCCAUUCUAUUCUCAUGAAUAUUAUGCCAGACAUUGCGAAAAAAAGAGUGGGCUAGCCCCUCGGCAUCAGCUGUGAUGUAAGGCAUUUAACGUAACUGUAAUAAGCAAACUCUUAAAUGCUUUUUAACGCAAGAACUACUAACGCAAUAUCCGAAUCCCAUAUAAAAAUGUACUUAUCUGUUUUGAUUUAAUAAAUAGAAUUAUGUGUACUGGUAUGACAUUUUCGAAUUAAAAUUAAGUCUAUUUAAUACAAGGGGCAAAAAGAAAUAAGACAAGAUCUUGUUAAGUGAUGAUUAACCAAACCAAAAAUGGAAAAAAAUACGGUAUAAGCAGAA